AUGAGUCCCUCGUCGUCUUCCGAUCCGGUCGCUGCCCAGGCGGCUGCAAAGAUGGCAGCCGGAGCCAGGCCUCGUGAGGCGCGGAUUCAAGCUGGACAGACAGGCGGCACACACAACCUCUCUGUCCCGUCUUCGCAGUGCCGCGCGCCGUCGAUGCCGACGAGUCUCUCGCACGGCACCACCAUCCCGCGUCUGGAUCUGUCGCGCGCGGAGGCGAUCCAGAGUCGCCGUGUCAAUCUCGCCUCUAUGCCGCAGGCGCAUGUUCAUGUCUACAACGGCGGCGUCCCGUUGGGACAGCCGUGUGCGGGAAACUUUUAUGUAGCAUCGCACAUGGCGACGCCGUUGGAGGGCGGAGGCGCUGUUGUAGACCACGAACGAUCUACGUCUCACGCCUCCGGGGGGCUCGCAGGCCCUGGUUCGUCCGUGGGCGCCCUCCUCCCGUCCGCUGGCUUCAACUGGGAAGCUCCUUUCUAUGGAGCGCCGAGGCAUGCCGACGGACUCCAGCAGCCCGUGCGCGUUGAACCCAGCGGCGCAGCAGACACAGCUGGAGGACAGAGGUUCUUGCAGCUCCGGAACCCUGCUCCAGGCGGUGUGCAUGGAGCCACGCUGCCGCCUGCGGGAGGCGCCAACGGCGGCGUGGAGAUCCCUGUCAGCUUGGCGGCGGACGCCUUGAUUGAUCUGAGCACGUCCCGCACUCAGAGGAUCGCUGAUGGGUGCCGCUGCUGCACAGGACCAUUUUCCAUUUUUUUUGGAUUGCGCUGCUUGAAAAAUGGGGGGGAGCAACAAGCCGCCCUGCCUGCCGAGCCCCAGAGGCGAAAACCCGUCGGUCUGAAGGCCACCUCGCCCCCCAUCACGACGGCUUUCCUCCAGGGGAGAUUUGCGGAGCCGAUGCAAAACACAGUUCAAGAAAGGUACUCCUCAGUCCCGCAACCGGUAAUGAUGGAGAUGCCUCUCAACGCCUUCGGACCUGGCCGCGGCAGCAACAUGAUGCUCGCGCCGAAUGCGGUUCAGUUUUUUUCGGGGUCCUGCAAGCGCGCUGUGUCUCAGCAGGCGACCUACAGCGACUACGAACGCCGAUUUCUGCAGGAGCACCAGGCUGCGAUCCGCGAAGCCGAGGAAAGGCGGGCGGCGACCGUAACAGCAGCGCGGUGCGAGGCGGAGAACGAAGAGCAGAAACGCCUUCGUGAACGCGGCAGCGUAAGCGAGAUACUCGAAUCCAAAGUCAGUGACCGAAUCCAGAAUCUGCCAAGCACUGCGGGAAUCCCAAGCAAAGCCGAGGUGACCUCAUCCGAGGCAUCCAGAGUCAGGCUGGGAAGAUCGGAGUUUCGCUCUGGGCAUCCCACUGCACAAAUGAGAACUGGACCCGUCACUUCAUUGAGGGCAAAAUUGCCGGAAGACGCACCCAUCGAAAAAGCGCCUGCCACUCCUGUCGUCGGAGACCUCGCAGGCGAUCACCAGUCUCUACCAGAGGCACAAAAAAGGGUGGAUUCUGCAGGAACAGGAGUCGAAGAGAAGCGUGCCUCUCGCCAUGACGACCCACCCUGCCCGCCCGUCCUCAUCGAAGAGCGACUGUUCCGAAGUGGCAGCCGGGCAGACAGCCAGCGCUCAGGACAAUACAGCUCCCGCUCCAUUGCUCUACUGCAGCAACUUGAAGAAACCAAGAGGCAGCAUCGUCGCGUCCAAGAACAAUUCAAGAAAGAAAAUGAGAGCCUGAAAGACGAGAACUGUCGGCUACACGAGGCAGUUGUCUCAAUCCAAGGACAAGUCCAGCAUAUCAUUGACGAGCUCCGUAGCCUGAAGACAAAGAGUGCCAGUUCGACGGUGGCUCCGACUGCAGCCAACACGGAGCUCGCGGAGGUUUGCAUUGCUCUUGUCGCGCAGCUCGUUGGGGAUAAAGAAGCAGGCGUGGCACGAGCUAGGACUGAAGAGGAGCAACGAAGCUUGAUAGAGCCCGAAAAGCAGGUUGAAGCGCCUCUUCGAAUUGACUCUCUCGGUUCUUUCGCAAGUUUCACGCAAGAGCAAUUAGACGAACUCUUGAAACUUCAGAGGCUGCCGAGUGAGGGGGAUCGUUCAACAAACGCGGCGCAGGAAGAGGUGUGCGAAAAGAAAAACAGUGUUCCCGCGCAUCCCGUGAAUAAAGCUGUCGAAAUUAGGCAGUCCGAAGCCGGACCUGUAAGCAAGAACAAGUCAGCAGGGAAGCAAGCUGCGCCGAAACCUUAUCAUAUCGAGAGAACGCAGGUUCGUGCGGCACCGAAACGAGAACGGUUCGGGUUCGGCUCGUCCAUGCCACGGUCCACGCCCAUCGUCAAGGAGACGAAUAGAGACACCGCGCGCAGACAAAAAUUGCCUGCGGUGAAGGCGCCUGUACCCAGACAAGCCGUGUCCCCCAGAGGCCCCGUGAAACAGAGCGGUGCGGCGGCAUCCUCGAGGCCGGGCAGUGGAAAGCUUGAGCUGAACAAGUCUGCGACGACGGGGCUGCCUUCCUCACCAGCCUCACCUGCCACAGCCGUCGAACAUGGCCUGGAGCCAACUCCCUCGGUCGCGCUUCGGAUUCCAGCGGCGAGUCCUGUUUCCCUUGAGUCUGCGGCAUCUACGCAGCCAGAACUCACCCCGCCGGCCGCCACACCAUCCGCAGGCAGCCAUCCGCCCGCCGCGUUGCCAAGUCCUACGUCGAAGGCGGCUGAGGAAAAGGAGGAUCAAGAGAAGGUUGAUGGUGCAAAGGCGUCGGAGACGGAGGCGGCUGCAGCGAAGGCCGUCCUGCCACAAGCAGCUGAAUCCAAACCUGUUGUCCCGAGGUCAACGCCAGCCAACGCUGUCGAGCCGAUGCCAGCGAAGGCAUUGAAGGCGGUGGUCGAUGGCAAGCCUGCAGAGGAGAUGGCGGCUGACGCAGCAAAGGCUGGGGAGGAGAGUGCUGGCGCAGGGAAGACUGUGGAGGCGAAGGCUCUGGCGCCCAAGGCUCCGGUGGGUAAGGCACUGGUUCGUAAGGCCCCUGCUGCUAAGGCAGCGGAGGCCAAGGCUGCUGAGCCUAAGGCCGCGAAGGCGAAUGCCGUGGAGGCUUUGAAGGCGGCGGUCGAUGGCAAGGCUGCAGAGGAGAAGGCGGCUGACGCAGCAAAGGCUGGGGAGGAGAGUGCUGGCGCAGGGAAGGCUGUGGAGGCGAAGGCUCUGGCGCCCAAGGCUCCGGUGGGUAAGGCACUGGUUCCCAAGGCCCCGGCAGCUAAGGCGCCGGAGGCGAAGGCCGUGGAAGCAAAGGGCGCGGAGGCGAAGGCUGCUGAGCCGAUGGCGGCGCAAACCAAGUCUGAGGAGCCUUUGACGGCGGCGGUCGAUGGCAAGGCUGCAGAGGAGAAGGCGGCUGACGCAGCAAAGGCUGGGGAGGAGAGUGCUGGCGCAGGGAAGGCUGUGGAGGCGAAGGCUCUGGCGCCCAAGGCUCCGGUGGGUAAGGCACUGGUUCCCAAGGCCCCUGCUGCUAAGGCAGCGGAGGCGAAGGCCGUCGAAGCAACGAGUGCGGAGGCUAAGGGUGCGGAGGGAAAGGCUGUUGAGCCGAAGGCAGCGGAGGCGAAAGCUGUUGAGCAGAAGGCCGCGGAGGCGAAGGCGGUGGAGGCUGUGAAGGCGGCGGUCGAUGGCAAGGCUGCAGAGGAGAAGGCGGCUGACGCAGCAAAGGCUGGGGAGGAGAGUGCUGGCGCAGGGAAGGCUGUGGAGGUGAAGGCUCUGGCGUCCAAGGCUCCGGUGGGUAAGGCACUGGUUCCCAAGGCCCCUGCAGCUAAGGCAGCGGUGGCGAAGGCCGUGGAAGCAAAGGGUGCGGAGGCCAAGGCUUUUGCGGCGAAGGCAGCGGAGGCGAAGGCUGUGGAAGCUUUGAAGGCGGCGGUCGAUGGCAAGGCUGCAGAGGAGAAGGCGGCUGACGCAGCAAAGGCUGGGGAGGAGAGUGCUGGCGCAGGGAAGGCUGUGGAGGCGAGGGCUCUGGCGCCCAAGGCUCCGGUGGGUAAGGCACUGGUUCCCAAGGCCCCUGCAGCUAUGGCAGCGAAGGCGAAGGCUGUAGAGCCGGCGGCGUCGGUCAGUGCUGACAACGUCCGUGCUGCCGGCGGCGAGGAAGGUGUGAUAGGCCGCAGCACGUCGGGCGGAGUGGCUGGCUUUUUUUACAGCAUUUUUGGUGCUCCCACAGCCCAGCCAGCGCCAGCAAUAGCCGAGGCCCAAGCUGACCUCCGCGGGACCGAGACAAAGUCUGAUGGCCUGCAGGCCCCGGAGGCCAAGGCUGUUGAGCCGAAGGCAGCGGAAGCCAAGGCUGUUGAGCCGACGGCCGCGGAGCCGAAAGCUGUGGAGGCUUUGAAGGCGGCGGUCGAUGGCAAGGCUGCAGAGGAGAAGGCGGCUGACGCAGCAAAGGCUGGGGAGGAGAGUGCUGGCGCAGGGAAGGCUGUGGAGGCGAAGGCUCUGGCGCCCAAGGCUCCGGUGGGUAAGGCACUGGUUCGUAAGGCCCCUGCUGCUAAGGCAGCGGAGGCCAAGGCUGCUGAGCCUAAGGCCGCGAAGGCGAAUGCCGUGGAGGCUUUGAAGGCGGCGGUCGAUGGCAAGGCUGCAGAGGAGAAGGCGGCUGACGCAGCAAAGGCUGGGGAGGAGAGUGCUGGCGCAGGGAAGGCUGUGGAGGCGAAGGCUCUGGCGCCCAAGUCUCCGGUGGGUAAGGCACUGGUUCCCAAGGCCCCUGCAGCUAUGGCAGCGAAGGCGAAGGCUGUAGAGCCGGCGGCGUCGGUCAGUGCUGACAACGUCCGUGCUGCCGGCGGCGAGGAAGGUGUGAUAGGCCGCAGCACGUCGGGCGGAGUGGCUGGCUUUUUUUACAGCAUUUUUGGUGCUCCCACAGCCCAGCCAGCGCCAGCAAUAGCCGAGGCCCAAGCUGACCUCCGCGGGACCGAGACAAAGUCUGAUGGCCUGCAGGCCCCGGAGGCCAAGGCUGUUGAGCCGAAGGCAGCGGAAGCCAAGGCUGUUGAGCCGACGGCCGCGGAGCCGAAAGCUGUGGAGGCUUUGAAGGCGGCGGUCGAUGGCAAGGCUGCAGAGGAGAAGGCGGCUGACGCAGCAAAGGCUGGGGAGGAGAGUGCUGGCGCAGGGAAGGCUGUGGAGGCGAAGGCUCUGGCGCCCAAGGCUCCGGUGGGUAAGGCACUGGUUCCCAAGGCCCCUGCUGCUAAGGCAGCGGAGGCGAAGGCCGUCGAAGCAACGAGUGCGGAGGCUAAGGGUGCGGAGGCGAAGGCUGUUGAGCCGAAGGCAGCGAAGGCGAAGGCUGUUGAGCAGAAGGCCGCGGAGGCGAAAGCUGUGGAGGCUUUGAAGGCGGCGGUCGAUGGCAAGCAUGCAGAGGAGAAGGCGGCUGACGCAGCAAAGGCUGGGGAGGAGAGUGCUGGCGCAGGGAAGGCUGUGGAGGUGAAGGCUCUGGCGUCCAAGGCUCCGGUGGGUAAGGCACUGGUUCCCAAGGCCCCUGCAGCUAAGGCAGCGGUGGCGAAGGCCGUGGAAGCAAAGGGUGCGGAGGCCAAGGCUGCUGAGCCUAAGGCCGCGAAGGCGAAUGCCGUGGAGGCUUUGAAGGCGGCGGUCGAUGGCAUGCCUGCAGAGGAGAAGGCGGCUGACGCAGCAAAGGCUGGGGACGAGAGCGCUGGCGCAGGGAAGGCUGUGGAGACGAAGACUCUGGCGCCCAAGGCUCCGGUGGGUAAGGCACUGGUUCCCAAGGCCCCUGCAGCUAAGGCGCCGGAGGCGAAGGCUGUGGAGCCGAAGGGAGCGGAGGCGAAGGCUGUUGAGCCGAAGGCCGCGGAGGCGAAAGCUGUGGAGGCUUUGAAGGCGGCGGUCGAUGGCCAGGCUGCAGAGGAGAAGGCGGCUGACGCAGCAAAGGCUGGGGAGGAGAGUGCUGGCGCAGGGAAGGCUGUGGAGGCGAAGGCUCUGGCGCCCAAGGCUCCGGUGGGUAAGGCACUGGUUCCCAAGGCCCCUGCUGCUAAGGCGCCGGAGGCGAAGGCUGUGGAGCCAAAGGGAGCCGAGGCCAAGGCAGUUGAGCCGAAGGCAGCGGAGGCGAAGGCUGUUGAGCAGAAGACCGCGGAGGCGAAGGCGGUGGAGGCUUUGAAGGCGGCGGUCGAUGGCAAGGCUGCAGAGGAGAAGGCGGCUGACGCAGCAAAGGCUGGGGAGGAGAGCGCUGGCGCAGGGAAGGCUGUGGAGGCGAAGGCUCUGGCGCCCAAGUCUCCGGUGGGUAGGGCACUGGUUCCCAAGGCCCCUGCUGCUAAGGCAGCGGAGGCGAAGGCCGUCGAAGCAACGAGUGCGGAGGCUAAGGGUGCGGAGGCGAAGGCUGUUGAGCCGAAGGCAGCGAAGGCGAAGGCUGUUGAGCAGAAGGCCGCGGAGGCGAAAGCUGUGGAGGCUUUGAAGGCGGCGGUCGAUGGCAAGGCUGCAGAGGAGAUGGCGGCUGACGCAGUAAAGGCUGGGGAGGAGAGUGCUGGCGCAGGGAAGGCUGUGGAGGCGAAGGCUCUGGCGCCCAAGUCUCCGGUGGGUAAGGCACUGGUUCCCAAGGCCCCUGCAGCUAUGGCAGCGAAGGCGAACGCUGUAGAGCCGGCGGCGUCGGUCAGUGCUGACAACGUCCGUGCUGCCGGCGGCGAGGAAGCCCAGCCAGCGCCAGCAAUAGCCGAGGCCCAAGCUGACCUCCGCGGGACCGAGACAAAGUCUGAUGGCCUGCAGGCCCCAGAGGCCAAGGCUGUUGAGCCGAAGGCAGCGGAGGCGAGGGCUGUGGAGGCUUUGAAGGCGGCGGUCGAUGGCAAGCCUGCAGACGAGAGGGCGGCUGAGGCAGCAAAGGCUGGGGAGGAGAGUGCUGGCGCAGGGAAGGCUGUGGAGGCGAAGGCUCUGGCGCCCAAGGCUCCGGUGGGUAAGGCACUGGUUCCCAAGGCCCCUGCAGCUAAGGCAGCGGAGGCGAAGGCCGUCGAAGCAACGAGUGCGGAGGCUAAGGGUGCGGAGGCGAAGGCUGUUGAGCCGAAGGCAGCGAAGGCGAAGGCUGUUGAGCAGAAGGCCGCGGAGGCGAAGGCGGUGGAGGCUUUGAAGACGGCCGUCGAUGGCAAGGCUGCAGACGAGAGGGCGGCUGAGGCAGCAAAGGUUGGGGAGGAGGGUGCUGGCGCAGGGAAGGCUGUGGAGGCGAAGGCUCUGGCGCCCAAGGCUCCGGUGGGUAAGGCACUGGUUCCCAAAGCCCCUGCAGCUAAGGCAGCGGAGGCGAAGGCCGUGGAAGCAACGAGUGCGGAGGCUAUGGGUGCGGAGGCAAAGGCUGUUGAGCCGAAGGCAGCGGAGGCGAAGGCUGUGGAGGCUUUGAAGGCGGCGGUCGAUGGCAAGGCUGCAGAGGAGAAGGCGGCUGACGCAGCAAAGGCUGGGGAGGAGAGUGCUGGCGCAGGGAAGGCUGUGGACGCGAAGGCUCUGGCGCCCAAGGCUCCGGUGGGUAAGGCACUGGUUCCCAAGGCCCCGGCAGCUAAGGCGCCGGAGGCGAAGGCUGUGGAGCCAAAGAGUGCGGAGGCUAAAACAGUCGAGCCGAAGGCGGCGGAAUGCAAGGCAGUUGAGGCGCAGGCUGUUGGCGCUAAGGCUGUUGAGCCGAAGGCCGCGGAGCCGAAAGCGGUGGAGGCUUUGAAGGCGGCGGUCGAUGGCAAGGCUGCAGAGGAGAAGGCGGCUGACGCAGCAAAGGCUGGGGAGGAGAGUGCUGGCGCAGGGAAGGCUGUGGAGGCGAGGGCUCUGGCGCCCAAGGCUCCGGUGGGUAAGGCACUGGUUCCCAAGGCCCCGGCAGCUAAGGCGCCGGAGGCGAAGGCUGUGGAGCCAAAGAGUGCGGAGGCUAAAACAGUCGAGCCGAAGGCGGCGGAAUGCAAGGCAGUUGAGGCGCAGGCUGUUGGCGCUAAGGCUGUUGAGCCGAAGGCCGCGGAGCCGAAAGCGGUGGAGGCUUUGAAGGCGGCGGUCGAUGGCAAGGCUGCAGAGGAGAAGGCGGCUGACGCAGCAAAGGCUGGGGAGGAGAGUGCUGGCGCAGGGAAGGCUGUGGAGGCGAGGGCUCUGGCGCCCAAGGCUCCGGUGGGUAAGGCACUGGUUCCCAAGGCCCCUGCAGCUAUGGCAGCGAAGGCGAAGGCUGUAGAGCCGGCGGCGUCGGUCAGUGCUGACAACGUCCGUGCUGCCGGCGGCGAGGAAGGUGUGAUAGGCCGCAGCACGUCGGGCGGAGUGGCUGGCUUUUUUUACAGCAUUUUUGGUGCUCCCACAGCCCAGCCAGCGCCAGCAAUAGCCGAGGCCCAAGCUGACCUCCGCGGGACCGAGACAAAGUCUGAUGGCCUGCAGGCCCCGGAGGCCAAGGCUGUUGAGCCGAAGGCAGCGGAAGCCAAGCCUGUUGAGCCGAAGGCAGCGGAAGCCAAGGCUGUUGAGCCGAAGGCGGCGGAGGCGAGGGCUGUCGAGCCGAAGGCGGCGGAGGCGAGGGCUGUCGAGCCGAAGGCGGCGGAAUCCAAGCCCGUUGAGGCUAAGGCUGUUGAGCCGAAGGCCGCGGAGGCGAAAGCGGUGGAGGCUUUGAAGGCGGCGGUCGAUGGCAAGGCUGCAGAGGAGAAGGCGGCUGACGCAGCAAAGGCUGGGGAGGAGAGCGCUGGCGCAGGGAAGGCUGUAGAGGCGAAGGCUCUGGCGCCCAAGGCUCCGGUGGGUAAGGCACUGGUUCCCAAGGCCCCUGCAGCUAAGGCAGCGGAGGUGAAGGCUGUGGAGCCAAAGGGUGCGGAGGUUAAGACAGCGGAGGCGAGUGUUGUCGAGCGGAGGACAGCGGAAGCCAGGGCUGUUGAGGCUAAGGCUGUGGAAGCCAGGGCUCUUGAGGCUAAGGCUGUGGAAGCCAAGGCUGUUGAGCCGAAGGCGCCAGAGGCGAAGGCUGUGGAAGCUUUGAAGGCGGCGGUCGAUGGCAAGGCUGCAGAGGAGAAGGCGGCUGACGCAGCAAAGGCUGGGGAGGAGAGUGCUGGUGCAGGGAAGGCUGUGGAGGUGAAGGCUCUGGCGCCCAAGGCUCCGGUGGGUAAGGUACCGGUUCCCAAGGCCCCUGCAGCUAAGGCGCCGGAGGCGAAGGCCGUGGAACCAAAGGGUGCGGAGGUUAAGACAGCGGAGGCGAGUGUUGUCGAGCCGAGGACAGCGGAAGCCAGGGCUGUUGAGGCUAAGGCUGUGGAAGCCAGGGCUGUUGAGGCUAAGGCUGUGGAAGCCAGGGCUGUUGAGCCGAAGGCGCCAGAGGCGAAGGCUGUGGAAGCUUUGAAGGCGGCGGUCGAUGGCAAGCCUGCAGAGGAGAAGGCGGCUGACGCAGCAAAGGCUGGGGAGGAGAGUGCUGGCGCAGGGAAGGCUGUGGAGGCGAAGGCUCUGGUGCCCAAGGCUCCGGUGGGUAAGGCACUGGUUCCCAAGGCCCCUGCAGCUAAGGCAGCGGAGGCGAAGGCUGUGGAGCCAAAGGGUGCGGAGGCUAAAACAGUCGAGCCGAAGGCAGCGGAGGCGAAGGCUGUUGAGCCGAAGGCCGCGGGGGCGAAAGCUGUGGAGGCUUUGAAGGCGGCGGUCGAUGGCCAGGUCGCAGAGGAGAAGGCGGCUGACGCAGCAAAGGCUGGGGAGGAGAGUGCUGGCGCAGGGAAGGCUGUGGAGGCGAAGGCUCUGGCGCCCAAGGCUCCGGUGGGUAAGGCACUGGUUCCCAAGGCCCCUGCAGCUAAGGCGCCGGAGGCGAAGGCUGUGGAGCCAAAGGGUGCGGAGGCUAAAACAGUCGAGCCGAAGGCGGCGGAAUGCAAGGCAGUUGAGGCGCAGGCUGUUGGCGCUAAGGCUGUUGAGCCGAAGGCCGCGGAGGCGAAAGCUGUGGAGGCUGUGAAGGCGGCGGUCGAUGGCAAGGCUGCAGAGGAGAAGGCGGCUGACGCAGCAAAGGCUGGGGAGGAGAGUGCUGGCGCAGGGAAGGCUGUGGAGGCGAAGGCUCUGGCGCCCAAGGCUCCGGUGGGUAAGGCACUGGUUCCCAAGGCCCCUGCAGCUAGGGCAGCGGAGGCGAAGGCCGUGGAAGCAACGAGUGCGGAGGCUAUGGGUGCGGAGGGAAAGGCUGUUGAGCCGAAGGCAGCGGAGGCGAAAGCUGUGGAGGCUUUGAAGGCGGCGGUCGAUGGCAAGGCUGCAGAGGAGAAGGCGGCUGACGCAGCAAAGGCUGGGGAGGAGAGUGCUGGCGCAGGGAAGGCUGUGGAGGCGAAGGCUCUGGCGCCCAAGGCUCCGGUGGGUAAGGCACUGGUUCCCAAGGCCCCGGCAGCUAAGGCGCCGGAGGCGAAGGCUGUGGAGCCAAAGAGUGCGGAGGCUAAAACAGUCGAGCCGAAGGCGGCGGAAUGCAAGGCAGUUGAGGCGCAGGCUGUUGCCGCUAAGGCUGUUGAGCCGAAGGCCGCGGAGGCGAAAGCUGUGGAGGCUUUGAAGGCGGCGGUCGAUGGCAAGGCUGCAGAGGAGAAGGCGGCUGACGCAGCAAAGGCUGGGGAGGAGAGUGCUGGCGCAGGGAAGGCUGUGGAGGCGAAGGCUCUGGCGCCCAAGUCUCCGGUGGGUAAGGCACUGGUUCCCAAGGCCCCUGCAGCUAUGGCAGCGAAGGCGAACGCUGUAGAGCCGGCGGCGUCGGUCAGUGCUGACAACGUCCGUGCUGCCGGCGGCGAGGAGGGUGUGAUAGGCCGCAGCACGUCGGGCGGAGUGGCUGGCUUUUUUUACAGCAUUUUUGGUGCUCCCACAGCCCAGCCAGCGCCAGCAAUAGCCGAGGCCCAAGCUGACCUCCGCGGGACCGAGACAAAGUCUGAUGGCCUGCAGGCCCCGGCGGCAAAGGCUAUUGAGCCGAAGGCAGCGGAAUCCAAGGCUGUUGAGCCGAAGGCCGCGGGGGCGAAAGCUGUGGAGGCUUUGAAGGCGGCGGUCGAUGGCAAGGCUGCAGAGGAGAAGGCGGCUGACGCAGCAAAGGCUGGGGAGGAGAGCGCUGGCGCAGGGAAGGCUGUGGACGCGAAGGCUCUGGCGCCCAAGGCUCCGGUGGGUAAGGUACCGGUUCCCACGGCCCCUGCAGCUAAGGCGCCGGAGGCGAGGGCCGUCGAACCAAAGGGUGCGGAGGUUAAGACAGCGGAGGCGAGUGUUGUCGAGCCGAGGACAGCGGAAGCCAGGGCUGUUGAGGCUAAGGCUGUGGAAGCCAAGGCUGUUGAGCCGAAGGCGGCGGAGGCGAGGGCUGUUGAGCCGAAGGCCGCGGAGGCGAAAGCGGUGGAGGCUUUGAAGGCGGCGGUCGAUGUCAAGCCUGCAGAGGAGAAGGCGGCUGACGCAGCAAAGGCUGGGGAGGAGAGUGCUGGCGCAGGGAAGGCUGUGGAGGCGAAGGCUCUGGCGCCCAAGGCUCCGGUGGGUAAGGCACUGGUUCCCAAGGCUCCUGCAGCUAAGGCGCUGGAGGCGACGGCCGUAGAAGCAAAGGGUGCGGAGGCUAAGGCUUUUGCGGCGAAGGCAGCGGAGGCGAAGGCUGUGGAAGCUUUGAAGGCGGCGGUCGAUGGCAAGGCUGCAGAGGAGAAGGCGGCUGACGCAGCAAAGGCUGGGGAGGAGAGUGCUGGUGCAGGGAAGGCUGUGGAGGUGAAGGCUCUGGCGCCCAAGGCUCCGGUGGGUAAGGUACCGGUUCCCAAGGCCCCUGCAGCUAAGGCGCCGGAGGCGAAGGCCGUGGAACCAAAGGGUGCGGAGGUUAAGACAGCGGAGGCGAGUGUUGUCGAGCCGAGGACAGCGGAAGCCAGGGCUGUUGAGGCUAAGGCUGUGGAAGCCAGGGCUCUUGAGGCUAAGGCUGUGGAAGCCAAGGCUGUUGAGCUGAAGGCGCCAGAGGCGAAGGCUGUGGAAGCUUUGAAGGCGGCGGUCGAUGGCAAGGCUGCAGAGGAGAAGGCGGCUGACGCAGCAAAGGCUGGGGAGGAGAGUGCUGGUGCAGGGAAGGCUGUGGAGGCGAAGGCUCUGGCGCCCAAGGCUCCGGUGGGUAAGGCACUGGUUCCCAAGGCCCCUGCAGCUAAGGCGCCAGAGGCGACGGCCGUGGAAGCAAAGGGUGCGGAGGCUAAGGCAGUUGAGCCGAAGGCAGCGGAGGCGAAGGCUGUUGAGCAGAAGGCAGCGGAGACAAAGGCUGUAGGGCCGUCGGUGUCGGCGAGGGGUGGUGGUCUCAAUGCGGAAAGAGAUUUCUUUGACGGUUCUGAGAGCGGAAAUGGUGUCGGUGUCGAGGACGGUUUGAGCCGGCGCAGCAUUUCUGGCGGCAUGGCUGAUUUCCUGUACAGCAUUUUCGGCGCCCGGGCAGCCCAGUCGGAGGCGGUCGUAGCCGAGGCGGAAGCUGACUCCCGGCAGUCUGCGCCAAAGGAAGUGGACCCACAACUUGGGGAGCCGAAAGCAGCGGAGGCGAAGGCUGCGAGGGCUAAGGCUGUCGAGGCUAAGGCUGUGGAAUCGAAGGCUGUCGAGGCGAAAGCUGUGGAGGCUUUGAAGGCGGCGGUCGAUGGCAAGGCUGCAGAGGCGAAGGCGGCUGACGCAGCAAAGGCUGGGGAGGAGAGUGCUGGCGCAGGGAAGGCUGUGGAGGCGAAGGCUCUGGCGCCCAAGGCUCCGGUGGGUAAGGCACUGGUUCCCAAGGCCCCUGCAGCUAAGGCGCUGGAGGCGAAGGCCGUGGAAGAAAAGCGUGUGGAGGCUAAGGCUGUUGAGCCGAAGGCUGCGGAGGCGAAACCUGUGGAGGCUUUGAAGGCGGCGGUCGAUGGCAAGGCUGCAGAGGAGAAGGCGGCUGACGCAGCAAAGGCUGGGGAGGAGAGUGCUGGCGCAGGGAAGGCUGUGGAGGCGAAGGCUCUGGCGCCCAAGGCUCCGGUGGGUAAGGCACUGGUUCCCACGGCCCCGGCAGCUAAGGCGCCGGAGGCGAAGGCCGUGGAAGCAAAGGGCGCGGAGGCGAAGGCUGCAGAGGAGAAGGCAGCGGAAGCCAAGGCUGUGGAGCCCAAGGCAGCGGAAGCCAAGGGUGUCGAGCCGAAGGCGCCGGAGGCGAAAGCUGUGGAGGCUUUGAAGGCGGCGGUCGAUGGCAAGCCUGCAGAGGAGAAGGCGGCUGACGCAGCAAAGGCUGGGGAGGAGAGUGCUGGCGCAGGGAAGGCUGUGGAGGCGAAGGCUCUGGCGCCCAAGGCUCCGGUGGGUAAGGCACUGGUUCCCAAGGCCCCGGCAGCUAAGGCGCCGGAGGCGAAGGCCGUGGAAGCAAAGGGCGCGGAGGCGAAGGCUGCUGAGCCGAUGGCGGCGCAAACCAAGUCUGAGGAGCCUUUGACGGCGGCGGUCGAUGGCAAGGCUGCAGAGGAGAAGGCGGCUGACGCAGCAAAGGCUGGGGAGGAGAGUGCUGGCGCAGGGAAGGCUGUGGAGGCGAGGGCUCUGGCGCCCAAAGCUCCGGUGGUUAAGGCACCGGUUCCCAAGGCCCCUGCAGCUAAGGCGCUGGAGGCGAAGGCCGUAGAAGCAAAGGGUGCGGAGGCUAAGGUUUUUGCGGCGAAGGCAGCGGAGGCGAAGGCUGUUGAGCCGAAGCCAGCGGAAGCCAAGGCUGGGGAGCCCAAGGCAGCGGAAAACAAAGCUGUUGAGGCUAAGGCUAUGGACGCCAAGGCUGUCGAGCCAAAGGCGCCGGAGGCGAAGGCUGUGGAGGCUUUGAAGGCAGCGGUCGAUGGCAAGGCUGCAGAGGAGAAGGCGGCUGACGCAGCAAAGUCUGGGGAGGAGAGUGCUGGCGCAGGGAAGGCUGUGGAGGCGAAGGCUCUGGCGCCCAAGGCUCCGGUGGGUAAGGCACUGGUUCCCAAGGCCCCUGCAGCUAAGGCGCCGGAGGCUAAGGCUGUGGAGCCAAAGGGUCCGGAGGCUAAGGCAGUUGAGCCGAAGGCAGCGGAGGCGAAGGCUGUUGAGCCGAAGGCCGCGGAGGCGAAAGCGGUGGAGGCUUUGAAGGCGGCGGUCGAUGGCAAGGCUGCAGAGGAGAAGGCGGCUGACGCAGCAAAGGCUGGGGAGGAGAGCGCUGGCGCAGGGAAAGCUGUGGAAGCGAAGGCUCUGGCGCCCAAGGCUCCGGUGGGUAAGGCACUGGUUCCCAAGGCCCCUGCAGCUAAGGCGCCGGAGGCUAAGGCUGUGGAGCCAAAGGGUCCGGAGGCUAAGGCAGUUGAGCCGAAGGCAGCGGAGGCUAAGGCAGUUGAGCCGAGGGCCGCGGAGGCGAAAGCGGUGGAGGCUUUGAAGGCGGCGGUCGAUGGCAAGGCUGCAGAGGAGAAGGCGGCUGACGCAGCAAAGGCUGGGGAGGAGAGUGCUGGCGCAGGGAAGGCUGUGGAGGCGAAGGCUCUGGCGCCCAAGGCUCCGGUGGGUAAGGCACUGGUUCCCAAGGCCCCGGCAGCUAAGGCGCCGGAGGCGACGGCCGUAGAAGCAAAGGGUGCGGAGGCUAAGGCUUUUGUCGCGAAGGCAGCGGAGGAGAAGGCUGUUGAGCCGAAGGCGGCGGAAUCCAAGCCUGUUGAGCCGAAGGCCGCGGAGGCGAAAGCCGUGGAGGCUUUGGAGGCUGUGGAGCCGAAGGCCGCGGAGGCGAGGGCUGUCGAGCCGACGGCGGCGGAGGCGAGGGCUGUCGAGCCGAAGGCGGCGGAAUCCAAGGCUGUUGAGCCGAAGGCGCCGGAGGCGAAGGCUGUGGAGGCUUUGAAGGCGGCGGUCGAUGGCAAGCCUGCAGAGGAGAAGGCGGCUGACGCAGCAAAGGCUGGGGAGGAGAGUGCUGGCGCAGGGAAGGCUGUGGAGGCGAAGGCUCUGGCGCCCAAGGCUCCGGUGGGUAAGGCACUGGUUCCCAAGGCCCCUGCAGCUAAGGCGCUGGAGGCGACGGCCGUACAAGCAAAGGGUGCGGAGGCUAAGGCUUUUGCCGCGAAGGCAGCGGAGGAGAAGGCUGUUGAGCCGAAGGCGGCGGAAUCCAAGCCUGUUGAGGCUAAGGCUGUGGAGCCGAAGGCCGCGGAGGCGAGGGCUGUCGAGCCGAAGGCGGCGGAAUCCAAGGCUUUUGUGGCGAAGGCUGUGGAGCCGAAGGCCGCGGAGGCGAGGGCUGUCGAGCCGACGGCGGCGGAGGCGAGGGCUGUCGAGCCGAAGGCGGCGGAAUCCAAGGCUGUUGAGCCGAAGGCCGCGGGGGCGAAAGCUGUGGAGGCUUUGAAGGCGGCGGUCGAUGGCAAGCCUGCAGAGGAGAAGGCGGCUGACGCAGCAAAGGCUGGGGAGGAGAGUGCUGGCGCAGGGAAGGCUGUGGACGCGAAGGCUCUGGCGCCCAAGGCUCCGGUGGGUAAGGCACUGGUUCCCAAGGCCCCUGCAGCUAAGGCGCCGGAGGCGAAGGCCGUAGAAGCAAAGGGCGCGCAGGCUAAGGCAGUUGAGCCGAAGGCCGCGGAGGCGAAAGCUGUGGAGGCUUUGAAGGCGGCGGUCGAUGGCAAGGCUGCAGAGGAGAAGGCGGCUGACGCAGCAAAGGCUGGGGAGGAGAGUGCUGGCGCAGGGAAGGCUGUGGAGGCGAAGGCUCUGGCGCCCAAGGCUCCGGUGGGUAAGGCACUGGUUCCCAAGGCCCCGGCAGCUAAGGCGCCGGAGGCGAAGGCCGUAGAAGCAAAGGGCGCGGAGGCUAAGGCUGUUGAGCCGAAGGCCGCGGAGGCGAAAGCUGUGGAGGCUUUGAAGGCGGCGGUCGAUGUCAAGCCUGCAGAGGAGAAGGCGGCUGACGCAGCAAAGGCUGGGGAGGAGAGUGCUGGCGCAGGGAAGGCUGUGGAGGCGAAGGCUCUGGCGCCCAAGGCUCCGGUGGGUAAGGCACUGGUUCCCACGGCCCCGGCAGCUAAGGCGCCGGAGGCGAAGGCUGUGGAGCCAAAGGGUGCGGAGGCUAAAACAGUCGAGCCGAAGGCGGCGGAAUGCAAGGCAGUUGAGGCGCAGGCUGUUGGCGCUAAGGCUGUUGAGCGUAAGGCCGCGGAGGCGAAGGCUGUGGAGGCUUUGAAGGCGGCGGUCGAUGGCAAGGCUGCAGAGGAGAAGGCGGCUGACGCAGCAAAGGCUGGGGAGGAGAGUGCUGGCGCAGGGAAGGCUGUGGACGCGAAGGCUCUGGCGCCCAAGGCUCCGGUGGGUAAGGCACUGGUUCCCAAGGCCCCUGCAGCUAAGGCGCCGGAGGCUAAGGCAGUUGAGCCGAAGGCAGCGGAGGCGAGGGCUGUCGAGCCGACGGCGGCGGAAUCCAAGGCUUUUGAGGCGAAGGCAGCGGAGGCGAAGGCUGUGGAAGCAACGGGUGCGGAGGCAAAGGGUGCGGAGGCGAAGGCUGCUGAGCCGAAGGCAGCGGAAGCCAAGGGUGUCGAGCCGAAGGCAGCGGAGGCUAAGGUAGUUGAGCCGAAGGCCGCGGAGGCGAAAGCGGUGGAGGCUUUGAAGGCGGCGGUCGAUGGCAAGGCUGCAGAGGAGAAGGCGGCUGACGCAGCAAAGGCUGGGGAGGAGAGUGCUGGCGCAGGGAAGGCUGUGGAGGCGAAGGCUCUGGCGCCCAAGGCUCCGGUGGUUAAGGCACUGGUUCCCAAGGCCCCUGCAGCUAAGGCGCCGGAGGCUAAGGCAGUUGAGCCGAAGGCAGCGGAGGCGAGGGCUGUCGAGCCGAAGGCGGCGGAAUCCAAGGCUGUUGAGGCGAAGGCAGCGGAGGCGAAGGCUGUGGAAGCAACGGGUGCGGAGGCAAAGGGUGCGGAGGCGAAGGCUGUGGAGCCCAAGGCAGCGGAAACCAAGGGUGUCGAGCCGAAGGCAGCGGAGGCUAAGGCAGUUGAGCCGAAGGCCGCGGAGGCGAAAGCGGUGGAGGCUUUGAAGGCGGCGGUCGAUGGCAAGGCUGCAGAGGAGAAGGCGGCUGACGCAGCAAAGGCUGGGGAGGAGAGUGCUGGCGCAGGGAAGGCUGUGGAGGCGAAGGCUCUGGCGCCCAAGUCUCCGGUGGGUAAGGCACUGGUUCCCAAGGCCCCUGCAGCUAUGGCAGCGAAGGCGAACGCUGUAGAGCCGGCGGCGUCGGUCAGUGCUGACAACGUCCGUGCUGCCGGCGGCGAGGAAGGUGUGAUAGGCCGCAGCACGUCGGGCGGAGUGGCUGGCUUUUUUUACAGCAUUUUUGGUGCUCCCACAGCCCAGCCAGCGCCAGCAAUAGCCGAGGCCCAAGCUGACCUCCGCGGGACCGAGACAAAGUCUGAUGGCCUGCAGGCCCCAGAGGCCAAGGCUGUUGAGCCGAAGGCAGCGGAGGCGAGGGCUGUGGAGGCUUUGAAGGCGGCGGUCGAUGGCAAGCCUGCAGACGAGAGGGCGGCUGAGGCAGCAAAGGCUGGGGAGGAGAGUGCUGGCGCAGGGAAGGCUGUGGAGGCGAAGGCUCUGGCGCCCAAGGCUCCGGUGGGUAAGGCACUGGUUCCCAAGGCCCCGGCAGCUAAGGCGCCGGAGGCGAAGGCCGUAGAAGCAAAGGGCGCGGAGGCUGAGGCUGUUGAGCCGAAGGCCGCGGAGGCGAAGGCUGUGGAGGCUUUGAAGGCGGCGGUCGAUGGCAUGCCUGCAGACGAGAGGGCGGCUGAGGCAGCAAAGUCUGGGGAGGAGAGUGCUGGCGCAGGGAAGGCUGUGGAGGCGAAGGCUCUGGCGCCCAAGGCUCCGGUGGUUAAGGCACUGGUUCCCAAGGCCCCUGCAGCUAAGGCGCCGGAGGCGAAGGCUGUUGUGCCGAAGGCGGCAAAGGAGAGGGCUGUCGAGCCGAAGGCAGCGGAAGCCAAGGGUGUCGAGCCGAAGGCAGCGGAGGCUAAGGCAGUUGAGCCGAAGGCCGCGGAGGCGAAAGCGGUGGAGGCUUUGAAGGCGGCGGUCGAUGGCAAGGCUGCAGAGGAGAAGGCGGCUGACGCAGCAAAGGCUGGGGAGGAGAGUGCUGGCGCAGGGAAGGCUGUGGAGGCGAAGGCUCUGGCGCCCAAGGCUCCGGUGGGUAAGGCACUGGUUCCCAAGGCCCCGGCAGCUAAGGCGCCGGAGGCGAAGGCCGUAGAAGCAAAGGGCGCGGAGGCUGAGGCUGUUGAGCCGAAGGCCGCGGAGGCGAAGGCUGUGGAGGCUUUGAAGGCGGCGGUCGAUGGCAUGCCUGCAGACGAGAGGGCGGCUGAGGCAGCAAAGUCUGGGGAGGAGAGUGCUGGCGCAGGGAAGGCUGUGGACGCGAAGGCUCUGGCGCCCAAGGCUCCGGUGGUUAAGGCACUGGUUCCCAAGGCCCCUGCAGCUAAGGCGCCGGAGGCUAAGGCAAUUGAGCCGAAGGCAGCGGAGGCGAGGGCUGUCGAGCCGAAGGCCGCGGAGGCCAAAGCGGUGGAGGCUUUGAAGCCUGUCGAGCCGAAGGCAGCGGAAGCCAAGGCUGUGGAGCCCAAGGCAGCGGAAACCAAGGGUGUCGAGCCGAAGGCAGCGGAGGCUAAGGCAGUUGAGCCGAAGGCCGCGGAGGCGAAAGCGGUGGAGGCUUUGAAGGCGGCGGUCGAUGGCAAGGCUGCAGAGGAGAAGGCGGCUGACGCAGCAAAGGCUGGGGAGGAGAGUGCUGGCGCAGGGAAGGCUGUAGAGGCGAAGGCUCUGUCGCCCAAGGCUCCGGUGGUUAAGGCACUGGUUCCCAAGGCCCCUGCAGCUAAGGCGCCGGAGGCGAAGGCCGUAGAAGCAAAGGGUGCGGAGGCUAAGGCUGUUGAGCCGAAGGCAGCGGAGGCGAAGGCUGUUGAGCCGAAGGCCGCGGGGGCGAAAGCUGUGGAGGCUUUGAAGGCGGCGGUCGAUGUCAAGCCUGCAGAGGAGAAGGCGGCUGACGCAGCAAAGGCUGGGGAGGAGAGUGCUGGCGCAGGGAAGGCUGUGGAGGCGAAGGCUCUGGCGCCCAAGGCUCCGGUGGGUAAGGCACUGGUUCCCAAGGCUCCUGCAGCUAAGGCGCUGGAGGCGACGGCCGUAGAAGCAAAGGGUGCGGAGGCUAAGGCUUUUGCGGCGAAGGCAGCGGAGGCGAAGGCUGUCGAGCCGAAGGCGGCGGAAUCGAAGGCAGAUGAGGCGCAGGCUGUUGCCGCUAAGGCUGUGGAGCCGAAGGCUGCAGAGCCGGAGACGGUCGAGGGCAAGCUGUUAGAGGCGAGGCUUGUGACGGAGGGACCUGCAUCCGCGGAUUCAAGCGUGUCAUCUGAUAUUGCAGGAUUUUUCUAUAGCUUCUUUGGAGCACCUACACCGAAGUUGACGGGCGAUGUGCCUAAGACGGCGGCGGAUGUUCGUCAGGUAGGCGCGACCGCGAGUGAGAAUUCUCCCACGUCGCAAGCGGACAAGACACAGGUACCUGCUGAAGAGGCGACGCGUUCAGCAGUAGACCAACAGACACAUGUGUCUGCGACAGAGCCAGAAUCCGGAAAUGGUUCCUCAUAUACGGAGCUGCGUCGCAAGCAGGCCUUGCCAGGGACAACCGAGAUGAAAUACGCAUCCAGGAACGUGGAUUCACAAGGCACUGAAGUUGCGCAGCUGCGAUCGAUCUCCGACGGCGCGCACAAGGAUGUGGCAGUCCCGAAGGGCACAUUCCAAGUCCUUCUUGCGAAGAAAUCGAUGGGACAGGUGCCGCCUGUCCCGCUUGUCUCAGCGCCAAAAGAUAGGAGCAAGAGCAUGGAGGAGGGAGAAAGGAAUCUGGUACCGAAAGAGCUCUCGGCGAAACCGCUGGCCCAAGCUGCGCUGCCGACACCAGAUGUUGAGACAGUUGAGUCGGAGCUCAAGGGGCAAGGUUCCAGCGAUGGCCACAAGGAGCUUCUGUCGAAAGAUGAUGUGGAAGGCUCGUCAAAGACGUUGCCUGCAAAAGAAGAAGUGAAGACGUUGUUGUCAAAGGAAGGAUCGAAGAAAUUGCCUUCAAAAGAGGGAGUGAAGGCGGUUCCUUCAGAGGAAGCACUAAAGAAGCUGCCCUCGAAAGAAGGCGUGAAAAAGCUGCCUUCAAAGGAAGAAGUGACGAAGCUGCCAUCGAAGGAAGCAGUCAGAAAGCUUCCCUCCAAGGAAGCAAUCAAGAAGCUUCCUUCGAAGGCAGCAGUCAAUAAGCUUCCCUCAGGGGAUGCCAUCAAAAAGCUCCCCUCGAAGGAAGCAGUCAGGAAGCUUCCUUCGAAGGCAGCAGUCAAUAAGCUUCCCUCAGAGGAUGCCAUCAAAAAGCUCCCCUCAAAGGAAGCAGUCAGGAAGCUUCCUUCGAAGGCAGCAGUCAAUAAGCUUCCCUCAGAGGAUGCCAUCAAAAAGCUCCCCUCAAAGGAAGCAGUCAGGAAGCUUCCUUCGAAGGCAGCAGUCAAUAAGCUUCCCUCAGGGGAUGCCAUCAAAAAGCUCCCCUCGAAGGAAGCAGUCAGGAAGCUUCCUUCGAAGGCAGCAGUCAAUAAGCUUCCCUCGAAGGUGGCAAUCAAAAAGCUCCCCUCGAAGGAAGAAGUCAAUAAGCUUCCCUCGAAGGAUGCAAUCAAGAAGCUUUCUUCAAAGGAAGCAAUCAAGAAACUUCCUUCGAAAGAACUGAGAAAGCUGCCUUCAAGCGAGGGUCCGGAAUGCCAACCAACCGAGGGCCUCAAACACCUGAAGUCGUCGAAAACCCUCCUCAGUAUGGCGUCCAAAUUGCCCCUCGGGAUAAAAAAAUCGCUUGAAGGGAUUCAGUUCGAAAGACUACCGAGUCAAGCAGAAGGAAAGGCUAAAGAAGAGAAAAAGAAUGUUAUUUGA